AUGGCCGGCGUCCCCGCGGUGGCGGCGCGGCGCUCCUGCGCGUGUCAGAGCCCGCGGGGUCUGGGCCCGCGCGCCGGGCGUGUGCGCAAACCCGGUGCCCGGCAUUCCGGAGGCGGCGGCGGGGGAGAGACCCUGGAUGACCAAAGAGCCCUGCAGCUCGCGCUCGACCAGCUCUCCUUGCUGGGGCUGGACAGUGACGAGGGCGCCUCUCUGUACGACAGCGAGCCGCGCAAGAAGAGCGUGAACAUGACCGAGUGCGUGCCGGUGCCCAGUUCGGAGCAUGUUGCCGAGAUCGUGGGGCGACAAGGUUGUAAAAUCAAAGCGCUGCGGGCGAAGACCAACACUUACAUCAAGACCCCAGUUCGUGGGGAGGAGCCUGUCUUUGUUGUGACGGGCAGGAAGGAGGAUGUGGCCAUGGCUCGGAGGGAGAUCAUCUCUGCCGCCGAGCACUUCUCCAUGAUUCGCGCCUCGCGGAACAAGAACACGGCACUCAACGGCGCGGUGCCCGGGCCGCCCAACCUGCCCGGGCAGACCACCAUCCAAGUGCGGGUGCCCUACCGCGUGGUGGGCCUCGUGGUGGGGCCCAAGGGCGCCACGAUCAAGCGCAUCCAGCAGCAGACGCACACCUACAUCGUGACGCCCAGCCGCGACAAGGAGCCGGUGUUCGAGGUGACCGGCAUGCCGGAGAACGUAGACCGGGCUCGCGAGGAGAUCGAGGCGCACAUUGCCCUUCGCACCGGCGGCAUCAUCGAGCUCACGGACGAGAAUGACUUCCACGCCAAUGGCACCGACGUGGGCUUCGACCUGCAUCACGGGUCCGGCGGGUCCGGCUCCGGCCCCGGCAGCCUCUGGAGCAAGCCCACUCCCAGCAUCACGCCCACCCCUGGCCGCAAGCCUUUCUCCAGUUACCGCAACGACAGCUCCAGCUCUCUGGGCAGCGCUUCCACAGACUCUUACUUUGGCGGCGGAACCAGCGGCAGCGCCGCCGCCACCCCACGCUUGGCGGACUACAGCCCCCCGAGCCCGGCGCUCAGCUUCCCCCACAACGGAAACAACAACAAUGGCAAUGGGUACACCUUCACAGCCGGGGAGGCCUCGGUGCCGUCUCCCGACGGCUGUCCGGAGCUGCAGCCCACCUUCGACCCAGCUCCCGCGCCCCCGCCCGGGGCGCCGCUUCUCUGGGCCCAGUUCGAGCGGUCUCCAGGAGGCGGACCUGCAGCUCCGGUGUCCUCCUCCUGCUCUUCCUCUGCGUCUUCCUCUGCUUCGUCUUCAUCCGUGGUCUUUCCCGGGGGCGGCGCCAGCGCGCCCUCCAACACCAACCUGGGGCUGCUCGUGCACCGCCGGCUGCACCCGGGCACCAGCUGCCCGCGCCUGUCCCCGCCCUUGCACAUGGCCCCUGGGGCUAGCGAGCACCACCUGGCUCGCCGGGUGCGCAGCGACCCAGGUGGAGGAGGUCUGGCCUACGCCGCUUAUACCAACGGGCUGGGGGCGCAGCUGCCUGGCUUGCAGCCGUCGGACACGUCGGGCUCCUCCUCGUCGUCCAGUUCCUCCUCCAGCUCGUCAUCCUCUUCCUCUGGGCUGCGGCGCAAGGGCAGCCGCGACUGCUCCGUGUGUUUCGAGAGCGAAGUGAUCGCUGCGCUGGUGCCCUGUGGCCACAACCUCUUCUGCAUGGAGUGCGCCAACCGCAUCUGCGAGAAGAGCGAGCCUGAGUGCCCCGUCUGCCACACCGCGGUCACUCAGGCCAUCCGCAUCUUUUCCUGAAGGCAGCGCGCGCCUGCGCGCACCGAGCGGGGGAAGGGGACCACCCCCCCCCUGCAGCCUCAUUCCCAGCGCCUGCAGGCUCCCUGGUGCCCCACCUUCCCCAUCCCCCCUUACACUCUGAGAUCCGAGAGAGGAGCUUGGAAAGCUGUAGUAUCCGCUCAUUUUUUUAAAUUUAAUUUUUAAACAAGGGAACUUACCAGGAUAUCUGCAUCAAGAGUACUGUAGCCUGGGAAACCUCCGAACCACCUGAAAUGCAUGCUCUAUAAAUAAUAGGAACGGCAACAUUCUAGUAAUGAUAGUUUUUACACUGUACGUAAUAGGAAGCUUCCAGAAGAAGAAAACCCCACAAGUUUUCCAUUUUCUUAAAGUAGGGAAAAAAAGAACAAUAAUUAUUAUGAAGAUGAUAAUAGUGCUUAUGGGAUGUGCGAACUGUGUAGUGUGUUCCCCGUUGUGGGUGGGUUGCUACGACGCUUAUUACAGAACACAGUGGAUCCUUUUUGAAUGUUUGUGGAAGGGCCAGGAGUUCCU